AUGUCCAAGAUGACAAUAAAAAAAAUAGAAAGUGAUUCUUCAGAAAGAGAAAAAAAUAUAGUAAAUAUUGAUGAGGUCAGCUCUACUUCAUCUCGAGAAAUUGAAAAACGCCAAGAAAACAAAAUAGGAACUAAAAAAUUUGGUGUAUCAUUCCGUUGGCAUGAACCUGGUACGUCUUCCAAGGAAAAAUGGCUUAUUUUCAAACUUGAUGUUUUUAUAUUAACCUAUUCGUGCCUUGCUUGGUUUUUAAAAUACCUUGACCAACAAAAUAUUACAAAUGCUUACGCUAAUGGUAUGAAAGAGGAUUUAAAGUUGAAUCAGAAUCAACUAUCUUGGCUUAACACAUAUUUUUCAAUAGGAUCUAUCAUAGGAAGUAUUCCAGCAGCACUUUUAAUAACAAAGUUCAGGCCUAAUAUCUACCUUCCUGCUGUCGAUUUUCUAUGGUCGGUUUUUGUCCUUUUACUUUACAAAUGUACAAAAGUUGAGCAGAUGUAUGCCCUUAGGUUCUUUUGUGGCUUUGCUGAAUCUAGUGCAAAUCCAUGUAUACACUUUUUGUUAGGCAGUUUCUACAAAAAGUCAGAAUUGGGUAGAAGAUCGGCUUUCUUCAUAAUAUCUGGUGUCAUAUCGCAGGCCAUAUCGUCAUUUAUUAUGAAUGGACUCAACAAAAGUUUGGAUGGAAAGAAUGGUCUUCCUGCAUGGAGAUGGUUAUUCAUUAUUGAUUUUAUCAUUGGAAUUCCAAUAGUGAUAUGGGGUUAUUUUGCCAUUCCACAACUCCCAUCACAAGGAGCAAAGGCAUUUUAUUUGAACAAGUGGGAGCGUGAAAGAAUAGUGGAAAGAAUUGAAGAAGACGGCAGAACCCAAACUGACGAGAAAUGGAGUAAAAGUACUUUGUAUAGAAUGAUUGUUGCUUGGCAACCAUGGGCUUUCACGCUUGCAUACUCUUUUUGGCAACUAACUGCCGCAUCUUAUUCAAUGCAGUUCUUCACCCUAUAUCUGAAAGCCAAAAAAACAUACACCCAAACGCAGAUUAACUACAUUCCGGAUGGAAUUAGUUGUGUGAAUCUUAUCACAAUGAUAGCAAGUGGUAUUGUCAUAGAUAUUAUUGGGAAGAGAUGGCAAGUCUGCCUUUUCGUUGGUACUUUAUUAACCGUUGCCUUUGCUAUAUUGAGAUCAUCAAAUGAAGGUGUCAAGAUAAGAUUCUUUGGUUAUAUUUUGACAGGAGUUUACGGAUGUUUCACCCCAAUUUUAUCAGGUUGGGCUAAUAUAGCAUGUAAAAAUGAUCCUAAGUUGAGAGCAUUUUCCUUGUCAGUAAUGAUAGCAAUAGGAACGGCAGCCGGCACACCAUUUCAGCAGUACGUUUUCCCUAGCAGCCAAGCACCUUUUUACAGAAAAACCGGGGGGUUUUCAUAUUCGGUUGCUUUCACCGUACUUCUAACUGUAGGGACUGGUAUUGGUAUACCAUUAAUUGAGUCGAGGUUCGAAAAGACUGAAAAGACUGAAAAAAAUGAAGAACAGCCCUUUCCCUUGGAAUUAGAAGCCUGA